CUUGAACGGUACGAGAACUUGUACCUUUCUUUGCUGCAUAUCAUGCCAGGCACAACAAGUACCUCACACCCUCAGAUUUCCGUGUAUCCUUGUAUCCGGAUCUGCCAGGUACGAAGGUACUUCUCAAUCUCAGGCAGGCUUCUUAUUUGGCCAUGAGGUGGAUGGGAAAGUGGAUGGGGGAUGCACAAGUUCAAUCAGGAAGGCAUCGAAAUCUGAUUCCGGGUCCAGUUACGUAUCCUCAAGUACCUUACCUAAGCCACCCUAGCAAGUUCCUCGCUCUCAUCCAUCUCGAUGAUCCAGGAUGAGCCAGGACAGGCACAUUGAGCGGUCUGCAGUGGAGUUUCCGCGCUUUCUAUGGCUGGCCACCACCUAUAACGCCCUUCAAGCUCACUGUCCUUCAGUGGGCCGUAGCACCUGCCCGCUGGGAUUCUGAGAAUGGCGGUGCCUAUUCGAAUGGAUACAUGGCAGGCAUGGACGGAGUGGAUCCCUCGCUCGCCCUGCGGUCUGCCCACAGCUGAGGCACCAGCGAUGGCGGCCAUGGCAGCGAUGUUCCUUUCUGUCCAGCCCGUCAAAUUCGUGAUGCCUGUCGCUCUGCCUUCUUUUCCCACUUCUUCAUCAUUAAAAUCGCCCGACAUUUCCAACAUUCACUUCCUAUCCAGGCUCUCCGUGAGGGAUUCCCCUGACCAAGAAACAGCUCGAGACACCAGGCACCGCGAGCGCCGACCUGCUUCCAUGUUUCAACUCUAUCCAGACCCUUCCCGCGUGGCAUCUUCCCGUUCGUCUUUGCGGCCCAAUCCAUGCCAUUUGUCCGUCAAUCACAUACCUCAUCCGAGAAGCCGCAGUUUGUCGUUCUUUUGUACGGUAGUUUCGUACUAUCCCAGUUCUCACCAAUGUCGGUUUUCGUGUAACAACAGAAUACGCCCACAUUAUGCACUAAACCGCCUCACAUCCUCUGCAUCUCCCCCUUCUAGGCACAUGGCAUUAUCUCCUCCCGUCUUGUUGCCGGCGUACCUACGCCCACAAACAUCCACAAUAUUAAUCAAGCCCGGACGACGGAUUGAGGCUCCCGCAACGCAAGGCUCGUGUUCUCGAUGUGUUGUCCAGCCCGUUCCCCACCACUGAGAGACAGGCCAAUAUC